AUGCGCCGUAUCAACCUAGUCUUGCUGGCGACAACCGCCCAGCUGUGCGGGGCCCGUCAUCCCGGCUUCAGUAUCCACGACGACCUCGUAGCUUAUCCCCAGUACGAGAUUGUCUUUUCGGAUUCAUUCAUUUUAGAACACGAUGCGCAGGCACUGCUGGACCGCGCGAGCCCGCAUUCGACGUACUCUGCGGAGUUCUCGGCCUCUUCCGACAUCUCGCAGAACGUCCGAGAGGCUGCCGACGGCGACGACGGUGACAGCGACUCGGCAGACGUCUUUGAGAAGUACGAAAUCAUGAACAUGAACCCCUCGAAAUACCUCUGCUCGAUUCCUGUCCUGGAGCCGCAGACGCCCGAGAACCACACGGCGACGGAGCUCGCGAAGCAGGAGGAGGCGCGGGAGCUGGCCAAGGCGUCGGCGCACGGCUGGGAGCUGCUCGACGAGCUGGAUGGCAACUGCCUGUACUUCAUGUCCGGGUGGUGGAGCUACAGCUUCUGCUACAACCGCGAGGUCACCCAGUUCCACGCCCUCCCGACGGUGCCCAACGGGCAGCCGCCGGUCCGCGACCCCCACACGGCCAAGUACGUGCUCGGCCAGGUGCCACAGUCGCCCAGCCAGCGGCGGCAGGCACAGAACAACGACGGGGAGCAGCAUCAGGAGGCUGCCCACCAGUCCUGGGAACCGCCGGCGAACACGGAUCUGCAGGUCAAGGGCGACCAACGUUACCUCGUCCAGAGGAUGGAGGGGGGCACUCUCUGCGACCUGACGGGCCGCGACCGGACGAUCGAGGUGCAGUACCACUGCGUGCCGGGUAUCAAGGGGGACCGCAUCGGCUGGAUCAAGGAGGUCACCACAUGCGCGUACCUUAUGGUCGUCAAUACCCCGCGCCUUUGCGACGAUGUGGCCUUCCUCCCGCCGCGGGUCACGAGAGCAAACCCCAUCAGCUGUCAGCUCAUCCUCCCGUCGGACGACGUUGACGCGCAGACCGAGUGGCACCGUCAAAAGACGUUGGAGGCUGAGGAGGCGAUGACGGAGAAGAAGACAGACGUCGCCACCGGCUCCGGCGGCAAAGAGGGGGAGCAGUCAGGGCAGCUGAAGCACAGCCAUAAGGGCGCCAACGGCCGGGACGGGGCGCAGAAGGGCGUCAACGUUGGCGGGGUCAUUGUCGGGGCGCGCAACGUGCUCGCAGACGGCGACGAGGAGGGCAAGCCACCGACCAAGCUCGCGCCGCCGCGCAGCUACCUCCCGGGACGCGGGCACGGCCCAUUGGUGGAGAUCAUCGCCAGCGCCAAGAGCAAGGCGGAGGGGGGCGCGACGGAGGUGCUCGACGAGAGCGAGCUGAAGAAGCUGGACCUGAGCCCCGAGCUCGUGGAGGAAAUGCGGGCGGAGCUGGAGCGCAUCGCGGGCGACAAGGGCUGGAAGCUCGAGGUGGUGGAGCAGCCGGGCGACCCGAGGGAGAUCCGGGGCAUCGUCGACCACGGCUCCGAAGGGGAGCUUGGCGAGGAUGUCGCCAAGGGGAAGAGGAAGAAGAAGGCGGCGGCCGUGGAGGGAAGGGCACAGCAGCAGGACGAGGACCAGGAACAAGAGCAGGAGGGUAGCGAGGAGCACUUUUUCCAUGAGGAGCUCUGA